ACGCUGGUUCCCGAUCUGAGUGAUUGUGGCAAAACGUCAACAACCCCUGUUUGCCCUUACCCUACGAGCGUGUCUUCACGCGACACCAACGAGACCAACGCUUUAGACAGUUAAGUCCGGUAGGUGAGAGAGAGAGAGAGAGAGAGAGAGAGGGAAACGUAUGGAGGGAGAGAUGUGGAGACGAUCGGGGAUUGGAGAGAUGGCGGUGGCGGGUGGAAGAAGAGAUGAUGGUGUGGCGAUGUUCGUUGGAGAAGGGACGAGCGGAAGGAGGAGAAAGAAGAGGAUCAAAGGGACGUGGUCUCGGGAGGAAGACGUUAUGUUGAGUGAGCUCGUGGAGAAGUUCGGACCGAGGAAUUGGAGUUCGAUGGCGCGGAGUAUUCCUGGUCGGUCGGGCAAGUCUUGUCGUCUUCGGUGGGGUAAUCAGCUUGAUCCAUCUCUUAAACGUAACCCUUUCACUGAGGUAGAGGACGAGGCUAUCAUCACAGCACACGCCAUCCACGGAAACAAAUGGUCUAUUAUCGCUAAGCUCCUCCCAGGAAGAACAGACAACGCUAUCAAAAACCACUGGAACGCCACUCUAAGACGUCGAUGCACAGACUUCGAAACGCCGACAACAAACACACCGACUGGAAACUUACUCCUGCAAGAUUCUAGACUCGACAGAACGAUGAACACCUUCGCAUCAUCUGAAGAAACUUUAUCAUCAGGCGGCGGUGGUGGCGGUGGCGGCCAUGUAACUACUCCAAUUGUAUCUUCAGACGGCAAAGAAGCCACCUCCAUGAACAUAUCCGAAGAACAACCCUCAGACAAAGCAAACGAGGAAGACAUUUCUAGGCAAGUAUGUAAUGAUCCUCCAACCCUUUUCCGCCCAGUGGCCAAACUCAGUUCUUUUAACCCUUACAACCACAUGGAAGGGUCUUCCACUCCACAUACACUAAACCAAAACAAGUUCCAGUCGUGUAAACAAGACACAGCAAUGCUGAGAUUGGUUGAAGGAGCUUACAGCGAACGGUUUGUGCCUCAGAAAUGCGGAAGUGGGUGUUGCAGCGUUUCUCAGAAAGACUCAUUGUUGGGUCCAGAGUUUGUGGACUACUUGGACCCACCAACGUUCCCUAGUUAUGAACUAGCUGCUAUAGCGACUGAUAUAAGCAGCCUCGCAUGGUUGAGAAGCGGUUUGGAGAGCAGCAGCGUGAGAGCGAUGGAGGAAGCAGCUGGUCGGUUAAGGCCACAGGGGACAAGAGGACAUCGAGAUCAUUGUCUUGUGUCUGAACAAGGAAAGAGCAGAACCAAUGUCCUGUCUACAUAAAAAUUGCAUUUUCUUCUUCAGAUUUGUUCACCUUUUUUUUUGUU